AACAGAGUCCUGCCAUAUGGGACAAAGGAUUACAAAGAUACAGACCAACAUGGAUCCUCAGUAGUGUAUUUACACUAAUCACUUUGUUUCCUUAAUCAGUGAAUGGGCAGGGUUCCUGUGAUUAACUGAAAUUCAUCACAUACUUUUUUUUGUUUUAAACAUAAACUGUGCAUGAGCUGCAAAGCAUUGGUGUGCAUAUCAAACGCUGGCAAUCUGAGAAUAAUCAACCACUUAUUCUUAUCUUUUGCCUGCAGAUGAGAGCUCAAACCAUAUGCCUUAACUCUCAUUCACAAGCAUAUUUUAACACUGUAGCCUCUGGAUGUAACCUUGAAAUCAAACACUCAUGCUCAGCUUGCAGCAAAAACACAGAGCUCUAAGAAUAAAGGGAAUCCUUGUUGCAGUUAAUGAAUGGGGAUCUUUUGAUGUUACAGUUGGAGAGUUUUGUUUUCUCACUCAAUGUGAGUGCAGUUCUGAUUGGCAGGAGGCUGCAGCUUUACAGACACCUGUUGUGUCUCCUUAAAGCGACGCGGUGUUGCGGGCUGCAUCAAACGUAUCCAUCGUCUGACAUCAGCAGCGGCUGCAUCCUCACCGGGACACACAAGCAAAGACACAAAGGCUUGUUGUGUAACUAAUUGAGGGCUUUACUGUUGCGGUGGGCAAAUACGCAUUAAGGGUUACGGUUUGUGUGGUUAUGAUCAUUAAGACAUUCCUGCACGGAUUGGGGCGCGAGAGAGAGGGGGGCUUUACAUAAUAAAGUGCAUGCUUUUCACGUGAAAUGCCCCUUUAAAAGCUGGCUUCCUUCGGUCACACUGAGGCACAACGUAAACGAGCGGAUAGAGAGGAGUGAAAAGUGUGUGACAGCUGCACUUUUGUUGUGUCAAAUCGGCUUCAGGAUGGUCUCGUCUUACCCUUUACCGGAUGGCUUCUCCGAGUUCGAUGUGUUCUCCCUGGGAUCUUGUCUGCUGGUGGAGGGUCUCUUGGGCUUCUUUCUAAAUGCGGUGACAGUCGUCGCCUUCCUUAAAGUGAGAGAGCUGAGGACCCCCAGCAAUUUCCUAGUGUUCAGUUUAGCCUUGGCUGACAUGGGCAUCUCUAUGAACGCCACCAUCGCUGCUUUCUCCAGCUUCCUGAGGUAUUGGCCUUAUGGCUCUGACGGAUGCCAGACUCACGGUUUCCAGGGUUUCAUGACGGCUCUCGCCAGCAUCCACUUCAUAGCCGCUAUCGCCUGGGACAGAUACCACCAGUACUGCACCAGGACAAAGCUGCAGUGGAGCAGCGCCAUCACUCUGGCUAUAUUUAUCUGGCUCUUCACCGCCUUCUGGUCCGCCAUGCCUCUCAUUGGCUGGGGAGAGUACGACUACGAGCCCCUCAGAACCUGCUGCACUCUGGACUACAGCAAGGGAGACAGAAACUAUGUGUCCUACUUGAUCCCCAUGAGCAUCUUCAACAUGGCCAUCCAGGUGUUUGUUGUCAUGUCCUCCUACCAGUCCAUUGCACAGAAAUUUAAGAAGACUGGAAACCCCAGGUUUAACCCCAACACUCCUCUAAAGACUAUGCUGUUCUGCUGGGGUCCCUACGGUGUCCUGGCUUUCUACGCCGCUGUGGAGAAUGCCAACCUGGUCUCCCCUAAGCUCAGGAUGAUCGCUCCUAUCCUGGCUAAGACCUCUCCCACCUUUAACGUCUUCCUGUACGCUUUGGGAAAUGAGAACUACAGAGGAGGCAUCUGGCAGUUCCUCACCGGGGAAAAGAUUGAUGUGCCUCAAAUUGAGAACAAGUCCAAAUAAACUAAGCAUGCAAUAAUUGUACACACUUUCUGUCCUGGUGGUUUCUCACAGGUACCUAGAUGUUUCUGUUUGUGAGUGAGUGUACGUGCAUGUGUUGUGUCUUGAACAGUAGUAGUCAUUGUCCCUCGUACUGGAUUUGUUGUCCAUUGUUUCUGCAGUUGUAUUUCAUAAUGGAUUUUAUGAACAAAAAUUGAAUUGGCGUAUUGUAAAAAAAAAAAAAAAAAAAAAAAAAAGUAAA